UGUGACUCGACUGUAUUAGCCCCGUAUGUCGAGCGGUGUAUGUGUGCAGUACGUGAGACUGCAAGUAGCUUUAGAAUGCCUACACGGUGACAUCUGAAAGUAGAGUGCACUAUUUCUACAGCAGCUCUCCUACCAAAAGGCGCUAUCGUGACAGAUUAACCACCUAUAGACAACUGGACUGGGAUUACAUUGGAUUAUAGAUACAUACAACAUGGCGAAUUCUUGUUCGCGUCCAUUUGUACAGAAGUGCUUCAUUCCGUCCAUAUCGCGAUAUCAGGUGAGAUUGAGAAGCGAUCGACCCGGCGAAAUCGGAUGUAAGUCUGUACAGAGGUUGACGCGAGAGUUCAGGACUCUACAUCGUGACCCAACAGGAAGACGCCCGCGGAAUGUCACUGCACAAUGUAUGCAAUACAAGAAAAGUAGUACAAAUAGUAUUAUCACAGUAUGGAAUAAGCCAAUGUCACGCUUGCAAGUACGACCCUAUUACUUAUCGUCCAAUGACUAUACGACGUCGGGGUUGCUGAGAGGCCGCAUGCAUAACACAGUCUCUAUAUCAAGCUGGCAUCUAUCACCAUGUAGAGCACACUUCAGCACAGCCACACAUCGAUUGCAGUCACAGGUGUCGUCUGGAGAUGGGAAUGUAGGUAAGUUGUCAGUUGAAAGUGGGACACCUGUAACAAAAUUAAUAGAGGGACAUCAGACAAGGGAUACGUCAACGUUUAGGAAGUCCUAUAAGUACGGUAAGGGUAAAGCGAGCGAUGAAGUCAGCUGCAAGCCUAAACUGCGAUUCAAGCUACCAGCGCAUCAGAGAUCGAAGACACCCAGGACACCGUGGGGGUUUAUUGCCGAUGUUCACUUCCAGGACAAGGGAUUGGAUCGCAUAAAUCUAGGAUUGGAUUAUCUCAUAGCUGAAUUCCGCAAAAGGGGUGUGCGACAUAUUUUCUGCCUUGGCGAUAUGCUCAAUACCCGUCAACAAGUCAGUGUACCAGCACUAUCGUCGUGCAUGAUGUUCUUCAACCGACUGAUGGACGAAUUCGACAGCGUGCACGUGGUACUGGGCAACCAUGACAUGCAUCUGAAACAUAGUCGCACUGUGACGAGCUUGGAUGCGCUUCUCAUGAACAAGCUGCAACCCAAUGUACGGUUGUACAAGGAGAUAGAACUGACCGAAGUGGAUGGCAUUCAAGUGCUGAUGUUACCCUUUCAUGAGGAUCAGAACGAAAUUCUGCGAUAUUUGAAGAAGAUGCCGAAGGAAGUCCAAAAUGACACUGUUGCCAUGGCACACCUGUCGAUCAAUGGUGCGACCACCAACAAGCACAUGCACAUUAAACACCACGGACAAGUGGGCCACAAAAGUUUUCAGGACUUGAGGCAUACAUUCACAGGUCAUUUUCACAGUUUCCAAACCCUCGGGAAUCUGACCUAUAUUGGGAGUCCCUUGCAGUUCACCUUCAGCGAUCUGAACGAUCCGAAUCGAGGUGGCGUGCUGUACUAUCCCGAUUCAAACUCAUUCACCCAGGUCAUCAACCCUCAUGCCGAGGUUUUCAAGGAAACCACUUUCGAGAAAGUCAUGGCUUCAACCGGCGAGGAGGGCUUGCAGAAAUUGAAAGCAGAGUUCGCCUACAAAUACGUCCAGGUCACUAGUGGCGAUGGCCUGGAAAAAGUGGACAACCGCGCUUUUCCGAAAGUGCGCGAUCGCUUGAUUGCCGCGGGUGCCCUGGAUGUCAAAUUAUGGAAGAAAAAGCCCAAGGCCGGAGAAAGCGGAUCGUUGAGUGCUGUGCUGGAUAAUGGUGCUGCUGCCUUUAUUGAGCGCACCAAGUCAAACAACAACCGGUCGUAUAUGCUCGAGACCAUUCGCUCAUACCUGGACAAAAUGAUCCUCGGAGAUGGCAAGUCAUCGCUACCGAACUUCCCCAGGGGCACCAGUGCCUCAAUCGUCGACCGUCACAAAGAACUCGCUAAGGAGGGCCAGAAUAUCAUCGACACUGUCGCGGGACAUAACGAUAUUGUGGAUGGACAAGUCUUCAACGCCAACAUCAAGUGCCUGAGAAUGGAGAAUUUCCUGGGCGUGCAGGGGGGCAUCUACAUUCCCUUCCAAGAUAUCGAGGAGAAGGUGUGGCUACUUGAAGGUGAGAAUGGAUGUGGGAAAUCCACCGUCGUCGAGGCUGUGACGUGGUGUCAGUUCGGCAAGUUUGUUCGUUCGGAUAUGGCGGCGGGUGAUGCGGUUAAUGAUAUCCUGGACCACGGCUGCCGCGUGGUGGUCGAGUACAGCAAUGGGUAUUCGAUUGAGAGAUAUCGUAAGCACAAGACGCUGGGUUCUAACGGUGCACGCGUCUACUUACACGGUCAGUACCUUCCCCAGUUUGAAAAGGGUGGUAUGCAAGCCACACAACAGGCAAUCGACGAUCUCCUCGGGGUUGAUUAUAAUCGCUUCCUGAAGACAUCCAUCUAUGUGGGCAAUCAGGCAGCUAGUUUCGUCUCAAGUAGUUCACUGCAACGCAGGGAUAUUCUAGAAGAAGUCCUGGGAUUGGGCCUGUUUGAUAAGUACCUGGAUGUGGUGCGCGGUCGCAAAAAAGAUGCCAGAGUUGAAUUGCUCAAUACCUCCGCUAUGAUUGUGGGGUUGAAAGAACAAGAGACUGCGGCAACGGCUCGUACUGCGAAAAUUCAAACUGAGCGCGAAAACUCAGAAGCGCUUGCGAACGAUUUGAGCGGCAAGAAGAUCACGGUGGAAAACUCUGUGCGAUCUCUGACGGCCAAAGCAGCAUCUCUUGCGGGAACGAAAGAACGCUUUACCGAGAUCAUCAGCCGGCGGAAAGAGCGGCGGCGAUUGCAACUGAUAGUUAAGUCGCAGCGGGAGCAUUACAAUGCCUUGAAGGAGCACAUCGAUGAUGUGGCCUCCUACCGCUACCAAGUACAAGGCCAGAACCAUGCAUUCGUGAAGCUAGCGCAAUCGCCUGCCAAGCAGCGAGUAGCGAGCAAGAAGCAAACUGGUGGUGCCAGUUCAAAAGCCAGCUGUACGGGAUCCAACUGCUCCUGUGGAACGCAGCACACGUCUUUGGACGUAUGUCCCGUGUGUGACCGGCCUUUACCCGAAGGCGUAACGCACAGUCAUGAUGACCCCGUCCAUCAGAAAGUUGUGGCUGUCAGGGGUAUGCUAGCCAAGGGCAUGAACGACGCUAGCAGUGCUGUGGAUAACCAGCUGGGUGUGCAGCACGACAAGCGUACCAGAGAGCUACACGAACGCGCUCAGAUGGCAAAGGGCGCGCUACUAGAGGCGGAGAAGACGUUGGUGCAGUUUGAGGCCACACACGCCAGCAAAAUCGAAUCCGACGAGCUAAGCGCGUUCAACGUCCAGAGGAGAUCGAGUAGGGCGGCAAAAUCGGGCGGUAACGUGGGUACGGGUAGUGAGGGAGAGAGAAAGGAUGAGGUGGCUGACGCCGGCGAACUUGCCACGACUACGUUGGAGAACCAGAUCAACUUCGUUGAUCAAAGGCUUACGGAAUCAACAACUAAAUUGCACAAGAUCGAUAAGAUCAUAUACGAGGCGGCUGGCAAGUGCACGUUACUGGCGAACUUAGAAAAGGAUGAAAUGGCACGGAAUAAAGUGCUGGCUACACGUCUCGGCGGAUUGCGUGAGCAAGAAGCAAUACUAAAGCAUACUGCGUCCAUCGACAAGUUCUGGGAGGACGGGUUCUCCAAGAAGAGUGGCUCGAUGAGGAAUUAUCUCCUUGAUCAGUCCAUCCAUGAGCUCAACCGGAUCCUUGAGAGCGUCUUGGAUCUUGUCCGUGGUCCUCAUGACAUUUCAAUAUCCUUCAACUCUGAUUUGAAACUCAGCAAAGAAUACAGCAAGCGGUCCUCGGGGCAACGCAAGCGCACGGAUUUGGCAAUCUUCAUGGCACUCAGUCAGAUCAGUCGGAAUCACAGCCGCUUCCAACCUGGCUUCAUGGUACUGGAUGAGCUGUACGACUCACUAGACUCGGAAGGCCGAGAAGCGGUAACUGACCUAGUCAAGGGAUUCUCGGCGAGAGUGCGGAAUGUCAUCGUUGCAUCGCCUGAGCUUCAUGCAGGAUUAGAGUUCCCAUAUGUGGUGUCCGUAUCCAUGACCGCACAAGGUUCCCGGCUGAUAGAUUCGCGAGGGCUGAUCGAGUGUUACAGUGACGACAGGAGGGAAGAACUGAAUGACAACAUCGGACCAGUCGCAGGUGCAGUUUAAAACGUAUAUAGGGUUAUGUAAGGUAAAUAAAUGAAUC